AGUCCUGCACAGAUUUCUGAGCUGCAAUCCACGAUCUCUCGAUCUCACUGGGAUCACAUCUGAUUGGGACUGGAUCUGACUGGGACUGGAUCUGACAGAGACUGGAUCUGAUUGGGACUGGAUCCGAGGACUUUGUUGGGGUAUCAGAGGAAGGCAUCAUGGUUCGGUUUGAUGACUGUGAGGUUGUUUUGGGGUUUCUUCUCCUCAGUGCGGUGUCACUGAGGACAUCAUGUGCUGGAAACUCACUACAGGAAUCAGGAGAAGAGUGUCCUGAUAAUAAGAUCCUGACGGUGGAGUACUCGUGUAUCAGAGCUGGAGGACAGAACGGGACGUGUCUCCGGAGGAAGUGCUGUAAGGACUUCAGGUUCGUGAUGGGUCAGUGUGUACCAGAAAGUGUAGACGUGUGUGCAGGCUCACCAUGUGAACAGCAGUGUAUGGAUAAUUUCGGGCGAGUGGUUUGUACCUGUUACAGCGGUUAUCGCUUUGAUCGAGAGAGACACCGGCAGCACAUCCACCCAUACUGCCUAGAUGUGAACGAGUGUGAGGAAUCUAACGGAACUCUGUGUGAUCAUUUGUGUGAAAACACACCCGGAACUUUCCUCUGUCACUGUAACACUGGAUACACACUCGCUGCAGAUCAGCGCUCCUGCAUACCUGCACACAAACUCUCUUCAGUACACUCAGCAGGUAAAUCUGAUACUCAGAUGAGUUCAGGUUCUUGUUCUCUCACCUGUCAGGACAUCAUGAACAUGAGAACCAGUUUACACCAACUCAAACUCCGCCUGGGACACACGCACACACCUACACAGGUGCUUCCACUCCACUUAUCUAACAGCAGUGAAAAACCACAUCCUGGUAAAGUGGGGAAAGUCCAUGACACCAUGUCCGGUUCUCCAGGGGCCCCUGGGCCCCCAGGCCUGCCAGGACCUCCAGGACAGAAGGGGGAUCAUGGAACCAGGGGUCCACCAGGUCCACAGGGGCCAAGGGGUGAUAUGGGGCCCAUGGGCCCCUCACCAGACCUACAGCAUAUCAAGAGGGGACGCAGGGGGCCUGUGGGACCCCAGGGAGCACCUGGAAGAGAUGGGCUUAAGGGAGAAAAAGGUUCUCCUGGACCCAGAGGCCCAGCGGGACCACCAGGAUCGUUUGAUUUCCUCCUGCUGAUGAUGGCUGAUAUCAGACACGACAUUAUUGAGCUGCAGGAGCAGGUUUUUGGAAAGAGGAGGGAACUGUCUGUAGAUACACAGCCGAACUCUGUGAAUGAGUUUGGGGACUGGGGUUCAGGACAAAGAGAUUCGCUGCUCAAUACGUGA